UGGACGUUCUCUCCCUCCGGCCUCCGCGCCUUCCUGUCUGCUGAAAGUCUCGCCGAGCUGCAGAAGUCCUGGCCGAAUGGCAGAGAACACGAAGCGCGACACCGGCGGCGGGGGAUGGCGAAGGGGUCCCUUGCAGGCCGAGGGGAAGAGGGGGACUCCGUGAGGCGGGCGGGCUGCCCCCCAGGCGCACGAGGCCGAGCCCCCCGGCCCACGCCCACCCCCGGGAGCCGCCGCGGUGCAAACUCCGAGUCCCCAGGCCAAGAUCUGAGCAAGUCCUAGGCGCCAUUGCUGCCUCAUGACCUUCAUAUGUCCGAUUCCAGCUGAGCAACAUGUCCCGUUCUCUCUAUCUUGGAUCAAAGACAUCUGCACCCUCUGUUGGUUAUGACGAGGAUGUAGCAUUCCUGAACUGACUCCCUGCCUGCUGCCAAAUCCAGAGGUCUUCUGCCCCAUCCUACGCAGUUCCCUGUGUGAGCUGUCUCUUGUCCUUCAGCUCUCCAGGAAGCUUUUAGGCUCUGUGGUCAUGGGUCCCGUCCAGCUAACUACAGCUGUAUGGCUUGUGUCUGUGUUGCUGUGUGAGGUGGCCUCUCAGAACCUCAUCAAGAGUCCCAAGAAAGAGAAGACGGAGCAUUUGCUCCUCAUCAGUGAGGUCAACGCAGAUAAUCCAGGGGACGAUACCUCCGAGUACGUGGAGUUGUAUCACACUAGUGGCCGGCAGACUCCUCUUGAUGGCUACCACUUGGUUUUUUACAACGGCAACGGCAACAGAGCCUACAGAGUUAAGGACCUCGCGGGCUUUUCCACCGAUAGCCAAGGGUUCUUCCUCGUUGGGUCCUCCGCGGUCAUGCCCCGGCCAUCGGUGAUCCUGCCUAAGAACACAAUCCAGAAUGGGCCAGAUGCAAUUGCUGUGUAUUUUGGGAGGGGACCCUUCUAUGAAAACAUGAUGGUCACCAAUGAGAGCCUGGUGGAUGCCUUGGUCCAUAAAUCGAAAAACAGUGACCGAGCGGAUGACUUGGUCCGUAUUCUGACUCCUGGCAUAGAGCCUUACUUGGAGGACCCGCUCUUCAGGACCUCAGACGAGUCUCUGGAAAGAUGCCAAGGGAGGGAUUCGCACUGGUUUUUCCAAGUGGCGACACCGACCCCUGGCUCGGAGAACCACUGUGUGCCUUUUGCACAGCUGAAUGCGUCCACCUUGCUGAUCAGUGAGGUCAAUGUAGUGUCUUCCCCCGGGGAGUUUGAGUAUGUGGAGUUACAAGGGCCUCCAUCCACUGACGUCAAGGACCUGAUGCUGGUUCUGGUCGAAGGGAGCACCCAGAAGAUCUACUUUGCCAUGGAGGUGUCCGGCAGAACGUCUCCUGAUGGGCUGCUUCUCAUUGGUCCAGGCCAAGCUGGAACCCGAG